AUGGAAAGAAAGUCAACGUCUCUGCCCCGUCCGCGUUUCUCUGUUUGUCCCCUGGCUCUCGUUGUCGGCAUCGUACUCUUCUGUCUUGGCACGGUUCAGGCUCGUUCCUCCGGUGAUCCUCUCCUCCAACUCAACAGAAAUCAUGCGUUUCACGCAGCGCGACACGGUGUACCGUCUCUGCUUCCGAGCGUACCCAUUCGCAUCCCAGAGUCGGUCAGAUCCCGCCUUCCCCAGUCACACCACGUUCCAGACAGAUACGACCUUCCCCAGCUAAAUCUCCCCGGCAACAAUCCGCAGCACCCCGUCACGACCGCCGCCGAUGGCGUUAGAAAACUGCUGCUGAAGGAGACUCCCCCUUAUACCGAAGCUUCUACUAGCGAGGAUGCGUACAUCGCGGCGAUACUCGCGCCAACUGCAGCAGAGGCUCCGGAGUCUGAAGUAGAUGGUGCGCGUGAGGCAGACUAUGCUGGUGCCUCUGAUGAAGGUGCGCGUGGGGGAAGCGGCGACGAUGGCGGCGAGAAGGUGCGCCAGACUUCGACUGGCGGAGAGUACGGUGAAGGGGACGGCGGAGGGGACGGCGGAGGGGACGGCGGAGGGGGAGCGGAAGGAGACGGGGAAGGAAGCUCCGAAUGGCCGUCAUUCACGGAAGGGGGACUAGAAGGGAGUACGGGGGGUGGGGAGGGUGAGGGGAGCGCGGGGAGCGCGGGGAGCGCGGAGAGCCGCCCGCCUGCCACGUGGUGCGACAGCGAGGCGUGCUUGCGUGGCGCGCUGCUGGAUCGCGCGCCCGCCGUCUACCUCACGCGCCACGUGUACCUGACCAACGGCGAGCUGCCAGCUGUCAGACACGCUGUGGCCGUGACGGGCUUGUGUUCGUCGGAUCAGUGCAUGAUCGACGGCCAGGGGCAGUCCAGGAUCUUCACCGUUCGGGCAGGCGGCUACCUGGCGCUCCAAAACAUCGCCCUCGUGCACGGAUUCGUCCCACGGGGCAAGUUCGGCGGCGCAAUUUUCGUUUCCGGGCUGCCCGACUCACCGCCUUCGCCAGGAGAGGCUCAGCCUGGAGCCUACCUCUCCGCUAUAAGCACGAGUUUCUUUAAUAACAGCGGAGGGAGCGGAGGGGGGGCGGUGGCUAUAGGGAGCAAUGCGGCGGCGUUUUUCCAUGGCACCAAUUUUGCCUUCAACUCAGUUUUCAUGCGUGGCAUUUUCUUCGCCCUCCACUCUCCACAGGAUGCCACUGGCAAGCACCGCAGCAGGGGAGGGGCCAUGUACCUGGGGGCACAGGCCGACAGAAGCAUCAAAAUCAGAGCAAACCCCAGUCAGGGGCACGCUGAGCACUCACUGAGGCACUCUCCCGGAUCCUCCCACUCUCCCUCUCCACAGGACGCCACUGGAAAGCACCGGAGCAGGGGAGGCGCCAUGUACCUGGGGGACGCCACUGGCAAGCACCGGAGCAGGGGAGGCGCCAUGUACCUGGGGGCACAGGCCGACAGGCGCAUCAGAAGCAGAGCAACGCCCAGUCAGGGGCAUGUGGGGGGCACGAGUGCCUCUCAGAAAGCGCGGGAAAGCUCGCAAGGGAUGGGCUGUGCCGGCACCUCUCCCUGUGUGACUGUGCUCGACUCGCUGUUUGUCGCUAACUCGGCUGUUGUUGGCGGUGCUGUGUUCGUGGAUGGGAGCGACACUACCUGCCACAACACAACAGCAGCCCAGCAGGAUCAUGGGAGCACACCGGGAGCAUCACUGCACAUGAGCAAUGCUCUUUUCGAGGCAAACAGGGCUACUAUUGACGGUGGGGCAGCUGCUGUGGGGUCUCACGGCCGGCUAGGAGGCCAAGCUUCCUUCUCCACCGUCAGUUUCAAUGAAAACUCCGCCGGGGUGAGUUCAGAUUCAAUCUCCACCGUUCAAAAUUACUCCUUGUGUAGCAAAAGAAGGGCUGCUGUGGAAGGAGGGGCAGUGGCUGUGGGGUCUCACGGACGACUUGGGGGGCGAGCUUCCUUCUCCACCGUCCGAUUUGAUCAGAAUGCUGCCGGGAGGGAUGCAGGGGCGCUGUUCGUGGGGGGAGGCCGCCCUGAGGAUGCUGGCAGCACUGUCACUGUCUAUGAUGCAGCGAUGCACAGUAGCAUUGCUGGUAACCCUGCUGGUGGCUCUGAUGAGAUAACUCUAUCCUCCGGCUCUUCCCCGUGCUGCCUCUUCUCCCCACCUGCGUCUUCCCUGCUUGCAGAGGGAUGGAGGGGCGCUAGGGAUGGAGGGGCGCUGUUCGUGGGGGGAGGCCGCCCUGAGCAUGCCGGCAGCACUGUCACUGUCUAUGAUGCAACGUUCCUCAGCAACACUGCUAGUAACCUGGUCGAUAAUGACACGGGAAACCCUGCUGGUAACCCUGUUACAGAGCCUGCGGUCAGCGAGUCUGGGCCUGCUGGGAAGAAAAACCUUCAAGGCGGUGCUGACGUGGCAGUGAGGCGAUGGGCCUCCGCCCACAUCCACCACAGCAGCUUCCAGGAAGCGGAUUGCCUGCACACCGCCCCCCCACCCUUCACUUGCCCCUUCCUUCCCACCUACCUCAAACCAACCCCUCCCCAUUCUGCAUUACCACCAGCACCAGCAGCAACCGCACUAUCUCCUACCACCCCUCGACCCCUCUCCACCAUCCCUUCCCUCCAUGCUUCUCCUGCUACACCUGCCACUGCCCCUGCCCCUUUCCCCGCCCCCACCUCCACCUCUCCUCCCUUGCCCUGCAUCUGUCCCCAACUGGAAGCUCCACCGCUCUCCACCCCUCCGACCUCCCUCCCUACCCCCGCCUUACCUCCUCCAUGCGCUCGUCGCCUGCAAGAGAAGCUUCAUUCGGAGCCACAACGACCAAGGCAUAAUGGGGCAACACAAGGGAAUGUGACAGGAGAUCCUCACUUGGUGGGGCAGCAUGGGGAGAGAUUCGACUUUCACGGCAAGCCUGGAGAAAGCUACUGCUUGCUCUCGGAUUCAGAGAUACACGCCAACAUGCACCUCGUUGCGGGGCCACAUAACGGCACAACGUUCAUGGAUGAGAUUGGCAUCCUCUAUCGAAACAAGGGGUCUUUCAACAGAGAGGAUAAUCUGGUGGAGAUUGUUGUGGUUGCACGCUCACAUCCUGGUGCAAGGAAUGCUGCUUUUCAAGGAGGGCUGUAUAUAAAUGGAGCCGAGCUGCCCAACGUUGAUUUAACAGUCUCCAUGAACAAUAAAUGGCUCAGAGUGGAUCGCACUAGCAGAUCUGUGCGGAUUCGCGUCACAAGUGCAUUUGAUAUGUUUGUUGACAUCAGAAGAGCAGCGUUCAAUCGCAAUACCAGUAAAUGGGUGCGCCAAAACCAUCUGAAUGUGAGGUUAGGGAGUUUCAAGGAGUCAAGCUUUGUGCAUGGGCUUCUUGGGAAGACUGAUCAGAGCAACUCUUCAAGGCUGGCAAGGAUGGAAGGAUCAACAGGAAAGGAGGGUGACAGUAAGGAGCACGUCAACUUUGAUGGUAAGGAGGAUAGUUAUAGGCUGAUAGCAGUACGCGACGCGAAUGCGUCGCAGCACACGACUCCAAGCACCGCCAACGCCUCUACUGCUGCCUCUGCUAACGUUUCCGCUCAUGCCUCCGCCAACGUCUCCGCUCAUGUUUCCGCGCACGGCUCCGCUCAUGCCUCCGCUGAUGCCUCCGCUAGCGUCUCCGCUCACGUCUCCUCACACGGCUCCGCUCAUGCCUCAGGAGCAGCAGCAGCAGCAGCAGCAGAGGCAGCAGCAGCAGCAGCAACGGGUUCGGCUUCACGAGCCUCUUCGCAAUCCGAAUCAGAGGACGAAGCCCGCGCAGUUCUCCGGGGGAUUCUUACAAUAACGCGUCUUCUCCUAUCGGAGUUGUUUUCAGGAUCCGGGAGCGCGGUUACCCCUCCAGCUGAUUUGCUAAGCGUCUGCCAGUCCAUACACAACAUUCUCAUUGACUUGAGUGGUUUCGACCCAGUAGCGCAGGAAGCGGCAGCUCGCGUGUUCGAAUCCUGGUGGCAGUCGGAUCUGCGAGGUAAAGACACCCUCAUCGCGCAGACACUUCCGUAUCUCCUCGCGAGAUCGCUCGAGCUCUCUCGACCAGUGGACGUGCGACGCGUGUACGCCAUGCGCGACGCGUUUUCGGAGCUCGAUUUCGGCGACGCGGAGAGCAUAGCCGGGACGCGCGGGCUACUACUAAGGUGUCUCUUCGCGCCGGUGUAUUUAAAGACCACCGAGGGUCGGCGGUUUCUUUCCUUCUUCUUACUUCUAGACCUCCAGCUCCUUAAAGAGUCUAUACUCAUUAUAAGGAAUCAGAUUCCGUCGGGAAGGAAGUCGUUACUAGAAGCGUACGGUGAGGUCUUUUUCCGAGCCUGGCGAUCUGCCGAGCCUGGUCCGAGCCUGUUGGAAAUCGAGUACGGGUUUCUGCAGGGGCUGAUCGAAGCUGCGGUCUUCGCUCGGACGCCGGAGCUGGGCGUGGCGGUUCGGCGGGUGGUGGGCGGAUUCUCCAAUCAGAUGCUGCAACGUGGCGUUGACGAGCUGCUUCUGCGCGUAUCGGAGCCGAUCAUAUUCCGAAGCCUUCAGGCCGCCAAUCCCGCUGUCCGCCGCAACGCCCUUCUCCUAUUGGCCGAGCUCUUCCCUCUCCGCGACCCGGCACAAGGGCGAGAGGCGAACGAGUCGCUCCUUAAUCGGCAGCUAUCUCUCCUCUUCGAUCGCCUCUUAAUGGAUCCCUGUCCCGCGGUUCGAGCCUCCGCUGCUGAGGUGGCAGGACGGGUGCUUUGCGUCUUCUGGGAGGUCAUCCCGUCGGGCGUCGCCACGUCAGCGCUGACUCGGAUGGUUGACGAGCUGGCCGCUGACGUGGCCAGCCCUGCGGUGCGGAUGGCGGCAGUGCGGGCGGUGGGGCAGCUGUUACAGGGUAACCCGGUUUGCCAUGAGCUGUUACGGGGGAUGUUGCCGCGAAUGGCUGCAGGAUUGAGGGACAGAUCGCGUGGGCUCAUACAGGCUCUGGAGGAACCCAACGACCCAAUUGUCUCGCGCCACGUCACCCGCGUACUCCUGCCGACCUACCUGCCGCCCCACCUGCCGCCCGUUGCUGCUGCCGGCCGCUUCAUCACCCUCAUGCAGCGGUCUCUCCCUGCUGCUGCCGCCUUUGCGCGCUGCAGCUUCCAGGAAGGUGCGGGACUCGAAGCUGUGAUUGAAGCCGUUGGAGGUGGGAAGGCUGGUACUGGGGAGGGUGGAUCCAAGGAGGGAAAGGAAUACAAUGAGGAGGAGGAGAAGGGCCGAGAGGUGAUGUAUCACGUGGUGUUGGGGUUUGUUCAGGGAGUAAUGGUGGAAGGGGGAGGAGGAGGAGGUGGAGGAGGAGGAAAAGGAAAGGGAUGCAAGGCAGGCAACAGGGGAGAAUGUGAAAACUCAGAUGCAGCAGCGGCUAUUGCAGAAACUCUGGAUGCUCCUGCUCUCAAACGGUUGCUUCUCUCGGCACGUACUGCAAGUCAACGGGCUGCAGUGCUGCGGAUUGCCGCCCUGCUGCCGCCCGUGUCAGUAGAGGAGCUUGCUGACGUGUGCAGGGAGGGGCUCCUGAGUGUGGGGCGGCAGAGGAAAGAGGGUAACCAUGAGGGAAUUCAAGAAGCAGUUGGGAGAAUUAAAGAAGCGGUUGGGGGAACCUUUGAGCUUGCCAGCGAGGCAGCAGCCCCUGUGAUGCCUCCCUGUGUGGUGGCCUACCGCCUGGAAAUCCUCCUGGGCCAAUCAGAAGCGAGAGCAGAGUUACUGCGCAUGCCCGGGGUGCCCGGGCGGCUGCUGGGCUUGCUGAGGACAGCUGUCGACACGCAACUGGCCGGGAUGAUCGACGCGGCGAAUUCUACUCCCGCUGCUGACUUUGGUCCGGAAUCGGCAGAGCGAAGUUUGGAUGAUUGUGGAAGGACGGACUCGGAUGCUGCUGUGAAGGGUAAUGGUGCCGCGGAUUGGGUGGAAGGAGCAGCGCUGCGGGUGUAUGUGAAGCUGCUGGUGCUGAUGUGGAAUGAGAGGCAGCACGAGGAGGAGGAGCUGGGACGGAGGGCACAGAAGCAAGGACGGCAGGCGAACGACACAGAGAGCUCCAGUCUGCACGAGGAGGAGGAGCUGGGAAGAAGGGCACAAAAGCAAGGGCGGCAGGUGGACGGCGAGGGGUGCUUCAGCCUGAAGCAAGGAGGGCAGGCGGAUGAUACGGGGUGCUCCAGCCUGGUACGUGCUCCCCUGCCUUCAUCUCUCUGUUGUUCCUUGGUUCCGGAAGCAAAGAUUCGCACGUUUCCUGUCAUCACCCUUCCCUCUCUACCUUCUCCUCUCGAUUCCCCUAUUCUUCCCCGCCCCCCGAAUCCCCUUCCUUCCCCGUCUAUUCCCCAGGUUGAGUUGUCAGAUCAUCUUCUCGAGCUGAUCUCAGCCGUCCAUGCGAAGCUGACCCUGAUCUCGCAAGCACGCCAAACUCCCGGCAAAUCUGGACCGUCCACGUCAAGCAGGGGUGGGAUCUGGGCUGUCGCUCCUUCCUUCCUGUCCACCGUCACUGCAGUCCUCGCAGCCUCGUACACUUCCCUGCUCCUCCCUAUGUGGAAAUGUAAGAAGGAGGCGGAGAGAAGAGAACAACAGUCAUUGGUGCUUAGAUGCUGUGGUGUAGCGCUUGCGCUGCUGAGAAGGCAGGCUGAGAUCUCGUGGGUUGACGUCGGCGCUACAGUUGGGGCAGUGGGGGCAGCAGCGCCACAGGCGGAACCACAGGCGGUCCCGGGAGCAGAUGCGCGCGCGCAGGAGCGGCGUGAUAGUAACGAAGGGAGCAGAUCGGCCACACAGGGAGGGAGCGCAGCGGCAAGGGAAGCGAAGAACGCGGCGCUGAACGCAGGCUGGUCGCUCUUGAGAUUAAAGCCGUUGAGUGGGGUGCAGGAGACUCUGCAUUCAAACACCCAGGUGCAAUGCUUCUUGCGAGCAUAUACCGUUGCUGCGUCGUCAGGCGUGGCGAAAGGCUCUUUCGGCUUCAGCAGGGGGGCUUAUAGCGAGUACGAAGGCGAAUACGAAGGUGUGGAGAGUACAGUUUCAAGAGCCGGUAGGAUUCUUUCCGGUAACGUGGAGCUCACUCUGUUAGACAUCCAACAGAGAGUAGAAAUUUCCCGAACACAGGCAGCUGACGAGCUUGCUGGGGGGAGCGCUGGAGCUGGGGUAGUGGAUGGGGGGAGCACUAGAAGGGCUUCUGAUAGGGCUGGGGCUGCUCAGGAUGAGCCGUUUCUCCAGUACGUUCUUCUGGAAAAAAAGCCCACUGCCGCAGGCGGUGGUGCCGCAAAGGAGCCGCAGGGGGAGCUGUUCGGGGUUCUUCUGAGGUUUUUGGAGGAGGAAGGGCUGGAGGCGCAUGUAUAUGUGAAGAGUAAGCGCGUGUCGUGUGCGGGGAUCAUUGCGCCGUUCGCAGGGCAUGUGGCUGUGUUGCGGAUCCGAGAUUGCCCCACCUUGCUGGGUCGCCAGCGGCGCAAGCCGGAGAGGCCGUUGAGAAAGCCUGAAGGGGUUAGGCAGAGUCGCAGCCGGGGGUUUCCGGUGUCUGGGCGAGGGUGUGCGAAGCGGAGGGGCCAGGAACGGCGUCAACAGAGUUACCAGCAGGAGGGUUACGAACAGGCGAACAGGGUGGUUAAGGGAAGGGCGGAUGCGAAAGGUGGGAGUGGGAGACGGACUGGUACAGAGAGGGUGCGGCAUAAACUGCGGAAGGGGGAGGAGGAGGAUGAUAAGGAGAUGGCGUCGCAGGUUGCAGGGGAGGGGGAUGGGCGGCAUGCCGUGGCGGGGGUGGUGCGGGAACGGAGUCACGGACAGGAGAGGGUGAGCGUGCAUGAAUGGGAGGGUUCUGAAUGGGGCUUAGGGUCCAGUUUUGCCCAGAAGCGGCUGGGAAAAGCAGAAAGGGGACAUGGAUUUGAGAGGGAGCGAGCAGCUGAAGGGGGUGGGAGUGUAGAUGUUUGUGAGAAUGGCAGCACAGGAUACAAUGACGGAGGUGCUUGUAACGAGGGAAUGGAAGGCUCGUGCAGGAGAGUUGCGUUGGGUGAUGACGUGGCGUGGGAUGAAACGAGGGAGUAUGAGGAAGCUGAGCUGGCGUUCCUGCUGAGUCAGCAAGAGAGUCAGCCAGGUGGCGGGGAGACCGGGAGAACGGCAUCUGGGGACCACAUGACGUGGCAUGAGUUGUCGCGUGCAGCAGAGGGUGGGGACCACAUGACGCGGCUUACAGCCAUGCUGACUCAUACAUGGGCAGCAGCGAGGGGGGAACAGUGGAAGGCACAGGGGGUUACGGCUGGAAGGACAGGAAGAGGGUUAAGAACGGAUAAGAGCAGAGGAGAUGCGGAAGAAGCAGAGCAGGCUCAGAUGCAGGAGCAGGGCAGGUUAGAAGGAAGGAGAGGCGUGGUGGUGGAAGGGCAAGGGUUAGAGAGAGCGCAGGGGCGGGCAACAGGUGGAGAAGGGUUGCAGAUGGUGCUGUGGGGUGGAGAGGGAGGGAAAGGGGGAAAGGAAGGGGAAGGGGAAGGGGCUAGUGGAGAGGCUGGGAAGAUGGAGGGUUCUGGGCGUGUUAAUGAGAACGGUUGUCUGUCUGGAGGGAAGAGUGCAGGGGAGGGCAAGGGCGAGCGGGAGGGCAUGGGGAAGGGCGUGGGGAAAGGCAUGGGGAAUGCCGAAGGGACAUCAGGGCAGGCGGUGGGGGGAAUAUUGGGGGAAGAAGAUGCCACCGUGACGUUUAGACCCGUUGAGAGUGCUGACAGGCUGGCAGAGCGCAUGGCUGACGUGUUGCAUGACGUGGCAGCGGAUCUGUACAGUGCUGCCGCAGGAUUGGUGCGGGAGGCACGACGGCUGUUCCGAGAAGAAGCGGCAGGGAGGAGGAGAAGUGAAGGGGAGGGGAACAAGUCAGGCACUGACAGGACAGACGAGGGGGAAUUUGGGAGGCACCCAGAAGAGGAGAAGACUGAGAGGGGGAUAGAUGAGGAGGAGGUGGAAAGGCGGGUGCACGAGGCUCUUCUGUUAGGCAAGGCGGAUUUGCAGCGACAAUUCCCGUUGGGUCGCUGUGCUGACUCGCAUGAGAUCUCGAGACUGGGGGAGCCGGGGCCGCCAACGCUGGGAGACAGAGUCCGAUGGUGA